UCUCUGUUAAAUUUGCUAGAUCAACAUGAAAUUCUUAAUAGUUUUCGCUUUGGCUUUGGCCUCGGUUACUGCUGCUGAAAUCCGUUCACGCAGUGUUAUUGCACCUGCUUUUCAAACUGAGGGUCGUAUUACCAAUGGUCAAGAUGCCACCGUCGGACAAUUCCCCUAUCAAGUGGGUCUUUCCUUGAAACUCGAUGAUACUCACUACUCCUGGUGUGGUGGUUCUUUGAUCAGCAACGAAUGGGUAUUGACUGCUGCUCACUGCACUGACAAUAUUGAAUCUGCUACUGUCUAUUUGGGUGCCACCUUCCGCACUGAUGCUGAAGUUAAAUACACCGUUUAUCCUAGCGAUAUCAUCAUCCAUCCUGAAUGGAGUUUCCAAUCGUUGAAGAAUGAUAUUUCCCUAGUUAAGAUUCCCGAAACUGCUUACACCGCUUUGAUUCAACCCAUUGAAUUGCCCGCUAUUGCCAGCACCUACCCUACCUAUGCAGGUGUGCAAGCUAUUGCUUCUGGUUGGGGUCUUAUUUCUGAUGCUGCUACCGAAGUUACCGACGAUUUGCAAUGGGCUCGCUUGGAAGUCAUUAGCAAUGCUGCUUGUGCCAGAACUUACGGUGGCACCAUUACCUCAUCCAAUCUAUGUGUUAAGACCCCCGGUGGUAUUUCCACCUGCCGUGGUGAUUCUGGCGGUCCAUUGGUUUUGGAAUCUACCGGUGUUCAAAUUGCUUUGACUUCUUUCGGUUCUAUUUUGGGCUGUGAAAAGGGUUACCCUGCUGCCUUCACUCGCGUUACCAGCUACUUGGAAUGGAUAAAAGAACAUACUGGAGUUUCUUAUUAAGUUGAUGUUUUAUUUUGAAGAGUUACUUACUUAAGUUAAAUAAAAAAAUUCUUAUGAAUUUACUUUGUACCUGAA